AUGUGGGAUCUUCCCGGACCAGGGCUCAAAGCCGUUUCCCUUGCAUUGGCAGGCGGAUUCUUAACCACUGCACUACUAAGGAAGUCCAAGAUGGCAAAAGCAACAACAAUCAAAGAAGCCCUAGCCAGAUGGGAAGAGAAAACCAGUCAGAAGCCAUCCGAAGCCAGAGAGAUAAAGCUGUAUGCCCAGAUUCCCCCUAUAGAGAAGAUGGAUGCGUCCUUGUCCAUGCUUGUUAAUUGCGAGAAGCUUUCACUGUCUACAAACUGCAUUGAAAAAAUUGCAAACCUGAAUGGCUUAAAAAACUUGAGAAUAUUGUCUUUAGGAAGAAACAACAUAAAGAACUUAAAUGGACUGGAAGCAGUAGGGGACACGUUAGAAGAACUGUGGAUCUCCUACAAUUUUAUUGAGAAGUUGAAAGGGAUCCAUGUAAUGAAGAAAUUGAAGAUUCUUUACAUGUCUAAUAACCUGGUGAAAGACUGGGGUGAAUUUGUGAAGCUGGCAGAACUACCAUGCCUAGAAGACCUGGUGUUUGUAGGCAAUCCCUUGGAAGAGAAACAUUCUGCUGAAGGGAACUGGAUUGACGAGGCAACCAAGAGAGUACCCAAACUGAAAAAGCUAGAUGGUACCCCAGUAAUUAAAGAGAAUGAGGAAGAAGAUAACUAACACCACAUUUUCCACUUUGUGUAACUUAUUUAAAUGUCAUAAGAACAAUAGAUAAGUUUUGUAUAGUUGUCUAUUUUAAAGAUUCUGUGUGGGGCAAAUGGUUCUUAAGAUAAAACAAAUCUUUCAUUCCUUUUUUUCUCAUAACCUAUUCAGUGUUUCUCCCCCCAAAUGAUAACACCAACUUUAUAUAUUCUAGUGCUCUUUUUAGAAGCUAU